AGAGAGGAAGCGGCGGCCAGAGCCGCAAGCCCAGCCACCCAGCGGCUCGCGGUCCCUGCGGGGCCGCCCUCUCCGCCCCGCCCAGCGGGGGCUGAGCGCCUCGCUCCUGGGGCUCCCACUUCCGCCGGGCCCUCCCCUCCGCCCCCGAUCCUCCCGGGCGGAAGUGCGCCUGGGCCUCCCGGGUCCCCCACGGCCGCGAGGCGGAAGCGCGCUUCGACCGCCGCUCCCCUCGACCCUGCGGCGCGCCGCGCGUCGGGUUCCGGACAGGUCCCGUGUGACGUGGCCGCGCUCCGGGGGCGGCUCCGGGCUGGGGGCCGGGCGGCGGACCGGGCGGGGCAGACCCGGGGCGGGGCGCGGCGCCGCAGCUGGAUGGCUGGGGCCGCCCGGAGCGCCGCCGCCGCCGCUGCCGCACGCACGUGGCAUGCCUGGAUGUCCCUGCCCUGGCUGUGGCAUGGCGGGCCAGAGGCUCCUCUUCUUCACUGCUCUUGUCCUAGAGCUCCUGGGAGGGGCUGGGGGUUCCCAGCAGGCCCUGAGGAGCCGGGGGCCUGCCGCCGCCUGUCGCCUAGACAACAAAGAAAGCGAAUCCUGGGGAGCCCUGCUGAGUGGGGAGAGGCUGGAUACCUGGAUCUGCUCCCUCCUGGGCUCACUCAUGGUGGGGCUCAGUGGGGUCUUCCCACUGCUCGUGAUUCCCCUGGAGAUGGGGACUACGCUGCGCUCAGAAGCUGGGGCCAGACGUCUGAAACAGCUGCUCAGCUUUGCCUUGGGGGGACUUUUGGGCAAUGUGUUUCUCCACCUGCUGCCUGAGGCGUGGGCCUACACAUGCAGUGCCAGCCCUGUGCUGCCCCCUGCAGGUGGUGAGGGGCAGAGCCUGCAGCAGCAACAGCAACUGGGACUGUGGGUCAUUGCUGGCUUCCUGACCUUUCUGGCAUUGGAGAAGAUGUUCCUGGACAGCAAGGAUAAGGAGGGGACCAGCCAGGCCCCCAGCAAAGACCCUGCCGCUGCUGCCGCGCUCAAUGGAGGCCGCUAUCUGGCCCAGCCGGCUGCAGAGCCCGGCGUGAGCGCCGUGGUCCGGACCAUCAAAGUCAGUGGCUAUCUCAACCUGCUGGCCAACACCAUAGACAACUUCACUCAUGGGCUAGCUGUAGCUGCCAGCUUCCUUGUGAGCAAGAAGAUUGGGCUCCUGACCACCAUGGCCAUCCUUCUGCACGAGAUCCCCCAUGAGGUGGGCGACUUUGCCAUCCUGCUCCGGGCCGGCUUUGACCGAUGGAGCGCAGCCAAGCUGCAGCUCUCGACGGCACUGGGGGGCCUGCUGGGCGCCUGCUUCGCCAUCUGUACGCAGUCCCCCAAGGGAGUAGAGGAGACCGUGGCCUGGAUCCUGCCCUUCACCUCUGGUGGCUUUCUCUAUAUCGCCCUGGUGAACGUGCUGCCGGACCUCUUGGAGGAAGAUGACCCGUGGCGCUCCCUGCAGCAAGUGCUACUGCUCUGCACAGGCAUCGUGGUGAUGGUGCUGUUCUCGCUUUUCGUGGAUUGACGGUCCCUGAUGCCCCCCACACUGCAAUAAGAGACUCAGAUUCA